AAUCUGCUUUUGAGAAGGGAUUGUUCUUGAGAAAGCGAUUCAAAGCAGAAAGGAGAGGGAGUGAACCCUAAGCUAAGCUAAAUGGCGGAACCCCUUCUACAAGACAUAUUCACAGUCGAGCGGGUGGAUGCUGAUGGCAAGAAGUUUGAUAGAGUGAGCCGCAUUGAAGCUCGGAGUCAGCAACUGGACAUUGAGAUGCAACUGGAUAUCAAUUCUGAGAUAUAUCCUCUUUAUGUUGGUGAUAAAUUUAAUAUGGUUCUUGUCCCAACUCUCAACCUCGAUGGAACUCCAGAUACUGGUUAUUUCAUUCAGGGUGGGAGGAAGACACUUGCUGAUAAAUUUGAAUAUGUGAUGCAUGGGAAGAUAUAUAGAAUCCCAGAAGAUGCUGGAAGGAGCAAGAAAGUGGAGAUGCUCGUUUCCUUUUCCGGACUGCUGAUGCAACUGAAUGUGGAACCGGGUUAUGCACAAAAGUUCGAUCUUGACAUGAAAAUCUUUCUUCUCAUCAGGAAGGUUUAGAACAGGGAGAAGAGAAAAAAAAAACUGUACAAUAAUUAUAAUGUCUUGAAUCUAUCUAUUUUUUCCUAAGAGAUUAAAGAUCUUAUUGAACACCCUCUCAAGUGUGUUCGAGCUACCUUCAUUGAAUCUCUCAUUUUAGCUUUUUUACUA